UACAGAAACGUGAGCGAGCAAACGUUACAUAACUGGUGACAUUGACCAAUCAGAUUCGUUCAUUCUUAUCCGCGUAUCUCUUUGGGUGGAGUCGUUGUCAAAGAAAGUUAAUUUCAACAGGGAACAUUUUUUUUGAAUAUGGGAAUACAUUCAAGUGAUAGUGGAAGACAGUUUCAUUUCUCAUUAAAACGCUCUACCUACUGUACUUUAGUUCACUCGCUCGCGCUUACUGAACCAGCGCUCUUCUUCCUUAUCUGGAAAAUAGCUAGAUACGACAACGCAAUUAUAAAUUUUUCGAGCUUCUAGGCUAGUCAGGUCGAACAUCGUUUUUAACAGGUUAAUAAUUUUUUUUUUUUUAUAACAUUACAUUAUAAAACCAUCUAGGCGACAGAACCGAAACGUAGUUUGGGCAUGCAAGGGCUAUUGUUUUAGCUCCUACGCGUUUUGUUUUGACAUCAGCGCUAUAACCAACGGUUCGAGUCGUGGACAUAAGUAGAAGAGACAGCAGGUGAAAUGGUCGGCAACACGAUCCACUGGUUCAGGAAGGGACUGCGGCUCCACGACAACCCCUCUCUAAAGGAGUCUAUCCGGGGAGCGGACACCCUUCGCUAUGUUUACAUCCUAGACCCCUGGUUUGCAGGGUCCUCCAACGUGGGAAUCAGCAGGUGGAGGUUCUUACUCCAGUGUCUGGAGGACCUAGACGCCAGCCUCCGCAAGCUCCACUCCCGUCUGUUUGUCAUCCGGGGCCAGCCUACUGAUGUCUUCCCCAGGCUGUUCAAGGAAUGGCAGAUUAGCCGGCUGUCUUACGAGUACGACUCUGAGCCCUUCGGCAAGGAGCGUGAUGCCGCCAUCCAGAAGCUGGCCAGCGAGGCCGGGGUGGAAGUCACGGUCAAAGUCUCCCACACGCUCUACGCCUGGACAAGUGAGAUCAUUGAGCUGAACGGAGGCCAGUCCCCUCUCACCUACAAGCGUUUCCAGGUGCUCAUAAGUCACAUGGAUGCCGUGGAGAUGCCCGCCGAGACCAUCACCGCUGAGGUCAUGCGGAAGUGUGCCACGCCCAUCAGUGAUGACCACGACGACAAGUUUGGCGUGCCCUCCCUGGAGGAGCUUGGCUUUGAGACAGAAGGCCUGGCUACAGCAGUAUGGCCAGGGGGAGAGACGGAGGCCCUCACUCGCCUGGAGAGGCACUUGGAGAGAAAGGCGUGGGUGGCCAACUUUGAGCGUCCCCGGAUGAACGCCAACUCCCUGCUGGCCAGCCCCACGGGCCUCAGCCCCUACCUCCGCUUCGGCUGCCUCUCCUGUCGCCUCUUCUACUUCAAACUCACUGACCUCUAUAGGAAGGUUAAGAAAAACAGCUCUCCGCCCCUCUCACUUUAUGGCCAGCUGUUGUGGCGUGAGUUCUUCUACACUACGGCCACCAACAAUCCCUGCUUCGACAAGAUGGAGGGCAACCCUGUGUGCGUGCAGAUUCCCUGGGACCGCAACCCGGAGGCGCUGGCCAAGUGGGCCGAGGGGAGGACAGGGUUCCCCUGGAUCGACGCCAUCAUGACCCAGUUGAGGCAGGAGGGCUGGAUCCACCACCUGGCUAGACACGCUGUGGCCUGCUUCCUGACCCGGGGAGACCUGUGGAUCAGCUGGGAGGAGGGCAUGAAGGUAUUUGAGGAGCUGCUGCUGGAUGCAGACUGGAGUGUGAAUGCAGGCAGCUGGAUGUGGCUCUCCUGCAGCUCCUUCUUCCAGCAGUUCUUCCACUGUUACUGCCCCGUGGGCUUUGGCAGGAGGACAGACCCCAACGGAGACUACAUACGGCGCUAUCUUCCCAUACUAAAGGGCUUCCCGGCCAAGUACAUCUACGACCCCUGGAACGCACCCGAGAGCGUGCAGAAGGCGGCCAAGUGCGUGAUCGGUGUGCACUACCCCAAACCCAUGGUGCACCACGCUGAGGCCAGCCGCCUCAACGUGGAGAGGAUGAAGCAGAUCUACCAACAGCUCUCCUGCUACCGCGGCCUGGGGCUGCUCGCGACAGUGCCUGCCAAUCCUAAUAACAGUGGACACGGUGCAGGGGUCAUGACGGGUCCAAUGCCAGGGCCCUCCACUGAAGAAAUCCAGAAUGAGGGAGCCGCUCAAGCAGGCAGAGGACAGGUCGUUGUGAAGCGUCGCAAUGAGGACCUCACACCGGGCUGUAGCAACAAGGCCCGGAGGCAGACCAGCAACUAGUGCCUGAAGAGGAGAAGAAAGAGGGGAUUCCAGCCACUCUGCUCUCCAGCAGAAUUGACCAGCGCCUCAACGUUGCGUUCUCCUUCUCUGACUCGUCAACUCUACAGAAGCACAUCUACCUCAGUUAUGUGAGCAGCAGCAGGAAUGGAGGAGGAGAGAAGGCUGUAAGCAUUCCACAAACUUUGCCAGCUUUCUGUGAAGUCAGCCGGCUAAAUGGAACAUCCGACCACAUGAUGCCCAGAGAACUAAUGGUUUGUGACCUUCUGUCUCUGUGGAGAAUCUCAAACCCACAGCUCAAAUCACAAGUCCACAGUGACACUGUCCCCAGUGUUACUAGAGGGAGGUAAUGGUGUCUCACAAGAUGACUCUCUUUAACAUGCACACCACCAAACUGUCUUGAUAAGAAGUGUUGGCAUCACUAUAAUUAAUACAAAGAACAUGGAUGCACAAGUUAUAUUUGCUGAAAGAACAUUGGGUGGUGGCUGUGUUUGAGCCUGAGGUCAUGCUAUGUGCAGUAUAAUAUACAGUCUUAGCCAUUGGGAAUGGCAUCAGCCUCAAGCUGAUAACACGAUUACCCAACCUGGAAUUGUCAGGUCAAAUGACCCUAGUUAUUCUAUGGGGUAUAAUGCCGCCUUCAAGUGCUGUCGGAUAUUCAGAAAUCAAAGGUUCUGAGGAGCAUUUAAAGGCAGCAGAAGUGCAUAAUACAUUUUGUAAACUAAUUUCUUUAUUACCCUUUUGUAAAUGUUUUAAGGGAAUUAUAUAACCCUUUCUGUAUAUAAGUGUGUGUGUGAAUGAUUCAACUCAGUUUGUACAGUAAUAAUUUGAUAUAGCAUGUUUUUGUUUUCUUUUUCUUGUAACCCAAUUGUUAUUUGUGUGUGAAGACUGACAAAUUGACUGUUCUUUAUGUAUCUGUAGUAAAAGGU